AUGAACUCUAGUUCAGCUACUCAGCCAGACGAAAUCUUGGGCAAUUCUGAAGCCCCUCACGUUAUGAAGGACAAGAGAACCUCAGGAAGACUUGAAGCCAAUAUCUACUUGAAUACCAAGAAUGACAGUGGUGAGGAAGGUACCCUUGUACACUCAAAAUAAUCAAGCAAGAAAUAUAUUAGUCAGGACUACGAGACAUUCAUAGCCUUGAUUGGAGAAACUCUUGGAAAAGCUUGA